UCACGCUCCAAUCCGGUUAGUCGCCUCGCUCCCCCUGAACCACCCUCGACCAAAACUCUCGGCAGCCGAAUUGAUGUCGAUGGCGGCAGCAGCGAAGUCGUCGUAUUUGCUGGACGUGAAGCCAUGGGGCGACGAAACCGACAUGGGCAAGCUGGAGGAAGCCGUACGAAACGUCAACAUGGAAGGCUUGACCUGGGGUGCCUCGAGGCUGGCCCCGGUCGAAUACGGGGUGAAGAAGCUGCAGAUAAUGGUGACCCCCGUCGACGACCUCGUCUGCGUCCACGGCCUCAUCGAAGACCACCUCUGUGCUUCGCCGAUAGACGAGUACGUCCAGAGCUGCGACGUGAGCUUCGACCCAAUCUACGUUGCAGGAAAUUUCUCGUCACGUGCUGCUGGCGAUGGCGGAGAAGAUUAGUAUCUAGUUGGGUUUUCUUCAGGGACCCUGGUUAGUUUUUCUUAGUUUUGUGGUUACCGGGUACUUAAAGAGUCUUGACUCGUUGCAAUACAUUGGAAGCAGUCAUGAGUUUUAUUGCUGGAGAA